UGGGCUCGCGCCGUGGAGUAGAGCGAUCAGCUCGAGCGUGUGCCGAGGAGCUUCGGAGUGUUUCAUGCAUUUCGUUUGAUUUCUGAUUUCCGUUCCGUUCACGAUGAAAGAAAGGAGAAUUACGCAGCCGCUCGUGGUCAGAUGUAAACUGGUGCUCGUUGGGGAUGUUCAAUGCGGAAAAACUGCAAUGUUGCAAGUACUAGCCAAGGACUGUUAUCCGGAGACGUACGUGCCAACAGUGUUUGAGAACUACACCGCGUGCCUGGAGCUGGAGGAGCAGCGCGUGGAGCUCAGCCUCUGGGACACUUCAGGUUCUCCAUAUUAUGACAACGUGAGGCCUCUGUGCUACAGUGAUUCAGAUGCCGUUCUCCUGUGCUUUGACAUCAGCCGCCCAGACACUGUUGAGAGUGCACUGAAGAAGUGGAAGACAGAAAUAUUGGACUUCUGCCCCAGCACUCGAAUUCUUCUCAUAGGGUGUAAGACAGACUUGCGCACAGAUGUCUGCACACUUAUGGAGCUUUCCAGCCAAAAGCAGACACCUAUCUCCCAUGAGCAGGGCUCAGCCCUGGCCAAGCAGCUGGGUGCCGAAGCUUACCUGGAGUGCUCAGCCUUUACCUCAGAGAAGAGCAUCCACAGCGUCUUCCGCACGGCAGCCCUGGCCUGCCUCAACAAGCUUCAACCCACCGGCAAGCCCAGCCCUGCCCGGCGCCUCUCCAAGAGACUGCUGCACCUGCCCAGCCGCUCUGAGCUGCUCACCUCUACUUUCAAGAAGGAGAAGGCCAAGAGCUGCUCUGUGAUGUGAGCAGGGCUGGCCACCUUCCUGCUCCAAGCGACGCCGCUAUUCUGUAGGGGGUCAGGGGGAGGGUGUGGGGAGGGGACCGGUGGAAUUAGCAAACAAGGGCUCCUUCUUGAACCCCUCCUUGCACCCCGGGACCCCUAAGACAACCGGACAUCUGCUGCCCAUAAGGUCUUGAUUUGUACAGUGCAUAUUGGUUUUCAUUCACCUACACCUGGCUUUACUCAAAGGUGUAACCGUUAGCAUUUCCCCCUACCAGACUUGCUUUGUACAAUCUGUUUCCAAAACAGUAAUAAUAAUAAUACUUAAUAAAAAUCAGUGUUACUGGACUUCCUUGGCCACACAGUGAAUUAAAAAAACUGGAAAGCUAACAUGUACCUGUAUGUAUCUCAGUAUUGUAACUUUUAUGCUUUUUAAGACAAUGUAGUGUAUUCCUCCGGGACGGUCCAUACGAAAAAUGACACUGUCCCAUUUUACUGUAAAAAGCUUUUUUUUCCCCACACAUAGACAGAAUAUGCACUUUAGGGUGUGAACAAACAAACUGCUGCACGAGGGCAUAUCUGAAGCUGAAAUGGG